AUGGCUAUCAUAGAAAUUGAUACUAUGCACCAGCACCUCCUGAUCCCGUUAGAGAACUUGGCUCAUUUGGAAAACGACAAGGUUACUGAUGAGAUUAUUGGGUUGAAAAAUCCUCCUGGUGGUGUAUCUAUCACCAAGUCUUCCUUCCAGGCUGAAAACCCGAGUACACCGACCGGAGCAAGCACCUCGAAAACGCCGAUGCCCACCGCUUCUGAAUACAUACCAUUGAAGACUCCUGCUUGGGAUCCGUCCUCUUGUACUCUGGCCCUUUCAUCUCUAGGUCCACCUUCCAUGGUGUCUGCUGCCUCUAUUCCUAUGGAAGACUGUGAUAUGUCUUGGCUAAAAGACCCUUGUUUCAAACGUGUUCGUGCAAAGCUCCUAGAGAAGAACACUGUUAACUGGAAGGCGCUCGAAUUUGUUUCUGUGUCUGGUGAUCAAGUCCGUGUCAAGGACCUGCAACUCCGAGGAGAACGUACCAUCGACAUUGCCAACCUGCAACCUGUGGUUCCCGAUAUGACAGGCGACUUUGUUACAGUCACUGUGGGCCCCAUGGCAGGGAAAAUAUUCAAAGUUCGUUCAAUAGAUGAGGAAUCAUGUACAAUCCGGGCAGCUGGCACACGUCCUGGCAAAGGUGAAAAGGAUCCUAUUGUUUUUACUACACAUUUGGCCUGCGUGUAUGGACGGUAG